AUGGCAGGAACAACAAACAAGGCCCUGCUGUGCUUUUGCCUCUUGAUGCUGAUUGCCUUGUCAUCAGCAGCAAGAGAACUGUCACCAGUGCUCGAGGGAGACGACGAUCCCGGAGACAGCAAGUCGAAAUGGUCAUGCUUCCGGCUGUGGGACAACUACUGCGUGAAGAACAAGCGAUGCGUCGACAAGUGCCAGGGCGUCGAUGGAAAGGGCUACCAUCACGGACACUGCGAGUUGUGGACAUGCGUUUGUUGCAAGAAGAAAGGCGAGGAUGAUGGAAUAGUAGCUCCUCCUAGCCGCGCGCAGCUGGGCCCUGAGCAGUGA